CACAGCGCCUCCGGCUCCAGCGCCAGCGUUACUUUGCCGGGCCGGUCCUGACUCCCCGCCCAGCGCCGUGACCCGCGGCGGGGCUGUCUUCAGUAGGGGCGGGCGGGCGGCAGCUGUCCCGGCACAAUCGGGCCGUGCGCCCCGGGCUGGGCAAGGCGCCUGCGUGUCUCCGGAUCGCGGCGGCAGAGUUCUUGCGAAUGUUUCCUCCAUUAAGACCUUGGUGGAGAACCUGCUGUCCUUUAAUGGCUGCUGCUGCCGCUGGUUGAUCAGUGGGAGGCUUUACAGUUUCUUACUCCUUGGGAGGAUACAUCUACUUCCCUUAUUUAUUUUUCCGUGUGGUGGUAUUUUUUCCACUGACCACACGGGUGGAAAAAGAAGAUGCCACUGCCUUUUGGGCUGAAAUUGAAACGAACUCGACGUUAUACAGUGUCCAGCAAGAGCUGCUUGGUGGCUCGCAUCCAGUUGCUCAACCAUGAAUUUGUGGAGUUCACCCUCUCUGUGGAGAGCACGGGCCAGGAAAGCCUGGAGGCUGUAGCUCAGAGGCUUGAACUUCGGGAGAUUACUUAUUUCAGUCUGUGGUAUUACAAUAAGCAGAACCAGCGCCGGUGGGUGGAUUUGGACAAGCCUCUGAAAAAGCAGCUCGACAAAUAUGCUUUGGAGCCAACUGUGUAUUUUGGAGUGGUAUUUUAUGUGCCUACUGUUUCUCAGCUUCAGCAGGAAAUUACCAGAUAUCAGUAUUAUUUGCAGCUGAAGAAAGAUAUCUUGGAGGGAAACAUUCCUUGCACAUUAGAGCAAGCAAUUCAUCUGGCUGGUUUAGCUGUUCAGGCUGACUUUGGAGACUAUGAUCAAUAUGAAUCUCAGGAGUUUCUACAAAGAUUCGCCUUGUUUCCUGUGGGUUGGCUACAAGAGGAAAACAUACUGGAAGAAGCAACACAGAAAGUGGCCUUGUUGCAUCAAAAGUACAGAGGCCUUACACCUCCUGAUGCAGAAAUGUUGUAUAUGCAAGAGGUGGAGAGAAUGGAGGGCUAUGGUGAAGAGAGCUACCCUGCAAAGGACAGUCAGGGAAGCGACAUAUUCGUUGGAGCUUGUCUUGACGGUGUCUUUGUGAAACACAAAAAUGGUCGGCCUCCUGUUGUAUUCAGGUGGCAUGACAUUGCCAACAUGUCCCACAACAAGUCCUUUUUUGCACUAGAGCUGGCAAAUAAAGAAGAGACCAUCCAAUUCCAAACUGAAGACAUGGAAACAGCAAAAUAUGUGUGGAGGAUGUGUGUGGCCAGGCACAAAUUUUACAGACUAAAUAAAUGUAGCAUAGAUUCCCCAGACUCUCCACCUGUGGAAGGCUCUCAGAAAUCUUUCCACAUUCUUUCUUUUCCACGCUUUCCAAUCCUUUCCCGUCCUACUCUUCCCAAAGGACAAACCCAGACUGUUACAGUGAAUCCAGUUAGAAGACGGUCUUCUUCCAGAAUGUCUUUGCCUAAGCCACAGCCUUACAUGAUGCCAGCACCCCCUCAGUUGCAUUACAACGGACACUACACGGAACCAUAUACAUCAUCCCAAGAUAACCUCUUUGUGAACAAUCAGAAUGGAUACUACUACCACUCUCAGACUAGCUUGGAUAGAGCUCCACAUGACUACAAUGGUAGAAUCCGCAAUGGUAGUGUCUACAGUGCACACAGCACAAACUCUUUGAAUAACCCACAGCACUACUUGCAGCCAUCUCCCAUGUCCUCUAACCCAAGCAUUACUGGAAGUGAUAUCCUGAGACCUGAUUAUGUCCCAUCGCAUCGACAUAGUGCACUAAUACCACCUUCUUAUCGGCCUACCCCAGAUUAUGAAACUGUGAUGAGACAGCUUAACAGGGGAAUGAUACACACGGAUAAGCAGAGUCAUUCAAUGAGAAAUCUUAACAUCAGCAAUUCAUAUGCUUACAGUAGACCUGAUGCCCUGGUUUACAGCCAACCUGAAAUCCGAGAACAUGCUCACUUCACUUCCCCUCAAUCUAAUCACUAUCCGUUUAACCUGAAUUACAGUUUUCAUAGCCAGUCUCCAUACCCUUAUCCUGCUGAAAAGCGUCCAGUUGUUGGAGCAGUCAGUGUGCCGGAGUUGACAAAUGUGCAGCUUCAGGCUCAGGAUUAUCCAGCACCAAAUAUCAUGAAGACUCAGGUCUAUCGACCACCUCCUCCUUACCCCUACCCAAGACCUGCAAACAGUACUCCAGACCUUUCCCGACACCUUUAUAUAAGCAGCAGCAAUCCAGAUCUCAUCACAAGACGAGUCCACCAUUCUGUCCAGACAUUUCAGGAAGACAGUCUGCCUGUUGCACAUUCUCUUCAGGAAGUGAGUGAACCCUUAACAUCAGCGCGCCAUGCUCAGUUACAGAAAAGAAAUAGUAUUGAAAUAGCAGGGCUGGUCCACAGCUUUGAAGGAGUCAGAAUUAAGGAGAGAACCAUGUCAGCAUCAGCAGCAGAUGUGGCCCUUCCAAGAGGGUCACAGCCCAGUGUUCUAAUGGAAAAGACAAAGCAAGAAGAAAAUGAGGAGCAAGAAGAAGGCAUGAACUGUGGUCAUAAAAAGUCUCUUUCAGAUGCAACUAUGCUGAUUCACAGCAGUGAGGAGGAGGAGGAAUUUGAAGAAGAAAAAGCUCAUACAAGUUUGUCUCCUCUCCCUGAAGGCCAACCCCAGCUUUCUGGUAUCAUGGGUGGUCAUCCUUCUGAGUCUCUUUUAAGUUAUCCAUACAGUUCUGUUGCUUCACCUGCUGGCCCUUUGCAUAUCCUUGAACCUAAGUUACAUAUUACAGAGCCAGAAAAGAGGAUGAAAGAUAUGAGCCCGGUGCAUUUACUAGCUGAGUCACAGGUGCAGAGAAGAGGUGAAGGUUUGCUGACUCCAUCUAUGUCAGAAUCUGACCUUACAACUUCAGGAAGGUACAGAGUUAGAAAGGACUCUGUGAAGAAGAGACCUGUGUCUGAUCUUCUGUCUGGGAAGAAGAAUAUUGUGGAAGGUCUUCCACCUUUAGGUGGAAUGAAAAAAAACAAAACCGAUGCAAAAAAAAUAGGGCCUCUAAAGCUAGCUGCCCUAAAUGGACUAACCUUGUCUCGAAUGCCUCUGCCAGAUGAGGGCAAGGAAGAGUCUACUAGAGCAACAAAUGAUGAAAGGUGUAAAAUUCUUGAACAACGGUUAGAGCAGGGGAUGGUGUUUACAGAAUAUGAGCGGAUUCAAAAGAAAAGACUCAUUGAUGGUGAGUGUUCAAUAGCCCGGCUCCCUGAAAAUGCUGAGAGAAACAGGUUCCAGGAUGUCCUUCCCUAUGAUGAUACCAGAGUGGAGCUGGUCCCAACCAAAGAAAAUAACACAGGUUACAUCAAUGCAUCUCACAUUAAGGUUUCCAUUGGGGGCAUUGAGUGGGAUUAUAUUGCUACACAAGGCCCUUUGCAGAAUACAUGUCAGGAUUUCUGGCAGAUGGUAUGGGAACAAGGGGUUGCCAUUAUUGCAAUGGUGACAGCAGAAGAGGAGGCCGGGAGAGAAAAGUGUUUUAGGUACUGGCCACGACUUGGGUCAAGACACAACACUGUCACAUAUGGGAGAUUUAAGAUUACCACACGAUUCCGUACGGACUCAGGCUGCUAUGCAACUACAGGCUUGAAGAUCAAACACCUUCUCACAGGGCAGGAGAGAACAGUUUGGCACCUGCAGUACACCGACUGGCCAGAGCAUGGCUGCCCAGAGGAUAUAAAGGGAUUUCUUUCAUACUUAGAAGAGAUACAGUCAGUGCGGCGCCAUACAAACAGCACAGUGGAUCCUAAAAGCCCUAACCCUGCUGUACUGGUGCAUUGCAGCGCAGGCGUAGGAAGAACUGGAGUUGUCAUAUUGUCAGAGAUCAUGAUUGCCUGUUUGGAACACAAUGAGAUGCUGGAUGUCCCAAGAGUGCUAGACAUGUUGCGGCAGCAGAGGAUGAUGGUGGUGCAGACUCUCGCUCAGUAUACUUUUGUCUAUGGAGUUCUCAUUCAGUUCCUUAAAAGUUCUAGGCUUAUAUAACCCCCACCAUUUUCUGUGGGGCACAUUCAUCUUGAGAGUUUGCAAAGAGGAAAUGCAAUUGUCCAGGCAGUUUUUCCAUCUGGUGUUUUCCUCAAUGGACGACCCAUACAGAGUUACCUUUUUGUCAUGGUAUGGGGAUGUUAAGUGCAAGUGCAACGUAUCGGUCUUUGCAAAGCAAGAUAUAGACUGGACUAACACAUCUUCCUGUGUUUAACUGCAGCUAAAAGAGUGAUGGAUCUAACAUAAAGCAGUCGUGCUUUCGUCUGCUGAUGUGCAGUACUUGCACAAGUUGUGAGUAUGUUACUGUAGGCAUAUUGACAGUCUGUUUUACUGAAAGUACACUGGGUAAUUUUGGAAAUCAUUCAUUGUUUUUUAGUCCAAAUUGCUUUUUUUUCUAACCUCAACUCUGAGAGUGAAAAAUAUAAAAUCUGUAGAUUUACAUUGCAGGGGCAAGCUCAUCCUCCUGGAAUGCCAAGGUCUUAAAUGGUCUUGAUCUACUUUCAGUUUUGUAUGGAGAAUAAUGCUAAUAUAUUUUUUAAAAUAAACUUUUGGUUUCUUUUGGUUCUCUUAGCAGAACCAGCAGCUGCUAGAAACCUAAAGUUGGCAGUUAGGACAAUUAUUUUUGUAUUCAGGAAAUUUAAUUUUUUAUUUUCAAAAAGCUACUCGCGUAUAAACAGCACAGUUUGUUCAGAGUCGAGGACAAAUGAAGACACACUCAAAUUUAUCUCUUCAGAAUUUGUACAAAGAGAGAAGUCCAAGAGGGAAAUGUUGGCAUCUACGGAGUUUUGUAGGUGAUAAAACUG